AUGGCACUGCUCAGGCCCCUGGCACUUCUUGCUCUGGUUGUCUCUGGCCUCCACGGCCUGCCCUGGUCCAUAAAUAUCUCUGAGAGACAGGGGCCCGGCGCCAUCUUCCAGCCUUUCUCCUUGAACUGCUCGUCUCACGUGCCCACCUUGAAGUUGCUCCAUGUGCAGCCCCCCACUACCUUCUUCGACACCCUCAGCCUCAGCGUGACCAGGUGGCAGGGGGCCUAUGUGGGAAAGCUGACCUUGAACAGCUCGGCCCGGCCGGAGGCCCUGGCAGUGAACCGCUAUGAGCUCCAGCUGCAGGUCACAUGUGGCGACCUUGUGAUGGAAGGGCCGCUCUCUGUGGAUGUGCAGCGGGACCUUGGCCAUAUCCAAUGUACUGGCCGAUUUGUUAGCCCAGUCGUCCAGGUGCCGGAAACAGUCUCACCAGGGGUCCGCCUGUACACCCUGCUGCUCCCAGGCCUGGACCUCCAGGGAGCCCAGAUAAACAUCACCAGUGCCCAGGACCCUCCACACUUCCCUGGACCUUUCUCCAUCAAUGGGCAGGGUUGGCUGCAGGCACCACCCCAGGGCCUCAAAGGCCAGGCUCAAAAGACCUUCCAGCUUCAGAUCCUGGUGACCGUUGGAGCAAACCGAAGCUGCCGAGGGAUGCUGACGGUGAAAGUUUUGUCUGUUCCUUCCAGCCAGGUCUCCUUCCUGGAGCAGAACCAGAGUAUCACCAUCCCCGAGGACCUGGUCCCUGGGAGUAAGGUGGUUCAGGUUCAGGCCCGGGGCAUCGACGUGCGCUACGAAAUCCUCUCUCCCGUGCCCUGUCCGCUCUUCUCCGUCGGCCGCGCCGACGGCGUGAUUCGGACCACUGCGCCCCUGGACUUGGCGCGGGCCGCAGGCGCGGCAGUCACCGCCCUGCAGGUGAAGGCCUUCGAGCGGCUCCGGCCGUGGGCCAGUGUCCAGCUCGAUCUCACCGUGAACGUGACUCCGGUCAACCGCUGGCCCCCGCGCUGUCUCCCGGCGCUGCUGGUGGCUCAAAUCCCUGAGACCGCGCCCGUGGGCACCGUGCUGAGUGCCUUCACUUGCGCUGACCCGGACUCUCCUGCUUCCACCCUUGACUACCAGCUGCGGCUCCACAGCCCGCCUGGCCUGUCCAGCCUCUGCCUCAGCGACAGGGUUCUGAAGGUGAAUGGCACACUGGACUGUGACGCUCCUGGGGCCUGCGUGCAGCACACAGCCUCCAUUCUGGUGUUCGAUGGUGGCCAGCCCUGGACGACCACUGAGGUGCCAGUACGGGUGACAGUGACGCCUGUCAACGAGUUCUCCCCAGCCUGUACUCCACGCACGUUCCGGGUUCGCGAGGAUGCAGGGCCCCGCACCCUGCUGGGCUCUGUGGUGGGCACGGACAGGGAUCACCCGUACGACAGCAUUGAGUACUACGCCCCUGGCGGGCCUGCCACCUUCGCCGUGGACCGUCUCAGUGGAGAGGUUCACCUCCUGGGGCCUUUGGACUACGAGCAGCAGAGGCUGUACAGGCUCACCGUCCUUGUGACUGACCACAGCCAAGACCAGGACGCCACCCACCGUCGCUCAGGCUCCUGCACUGUUACCAUUGAGGUUGAGGAUGUGAAUGACCACGCUCCCGAGUGUGAGCCCCCGUUUCAGGAGCUCGCCAUCCACACCUCCCCAGGCCGUAGCACAGAGGUGACUGAGGUGUCGUGUCGGAUCCCUCAGGAGCCACAGCGCCUGGCUUUCUCCUACAGCAUCGUGGGAGGGAAUAGUCAGGGCCGGUUCAGCCUGCAAGGAGCCAUCCUGGUGCACAAGGACCGCAUGCUGGGGCCCCGCUGGCCGGAGCAGCCGCAUACUUACGAGCUAUUGAUUCGUGUGGCUGACGCGGGCCCCUCCAUCCCCCACCUCAGCACCACAGCUACUGUCAUCGUGCAUCUAGUUCCCUGGAGGGCCAGCACAGCGGCCACCAGCACCCAUGGCGCCACAGCGCCUUCAAUGAGGACACCCCUGCUUGUGAUAGACACGGAGGCUUUCUGGCAGCCAGAGCCCUGGUUUGUGGUGGUGCUGACAGUGACCGGUGCCCUUCUGCUCCUGCCUCUGGGCUGGCUCCUCAGCAGGCUCCUCCGGAGAUGGGCCCAGGCACUGCAGGCGCCAAGCAAACCGGCUCGGGCUCUGCUACUGAAUGGUGUCCAGGGAACGGAGGGGUCUACUGAGGGGCUCAGGCAGGCGCCGAGGGUGGAGACACCGCAGGUACCCCGAAGCUUCAUGAGCCUGCAUUUUGAUGGCAGAGCAUGGGACUCCCGUACAGGCAGAGGUUACCUGUUCAACACGCGCACAGGCACCCGGCGCUGGCUCUGA